GCAUGCCAGUACGAAGGCGCUAUAGCUGACGUCAACAAAGUGCUCGACUUAGAUCCGGAUGACUUGGUGGUUCUGGCCGACAAAGCCUUAAACACCUACUUGAACUGCGAGUUUGAGGAGGGCCUCAUCCAGAACACCAGGCUGCUGCCAGUCAGACAAAAGCCGGAUCACUUUUCCAUGGGAGUGAUGCACUGUACCAACGCAAUUGAGAACUGUCUAGGGGAAAGGGCUGGUAGGCCCUUGCGUGACCAUUUCAAGAUAGUGCGAAAAUUGGCAUGGAAAAGAAACUACGAAGCCCAAAAACCGUUUGAACCGAAACCCAAACAGAAGAAGUUUUCGAAAAAGAAGAAACCUAAAAAGGUUUCGGAAGUCAAAGAUACCGAUGAACCUGUCAUGCCGAAAACCAAAAAGCAUAAAAAGGGCAUAUUCAAAGAGUAUACGUCGGACCCAAAUUGCCUCAGUAUAGCUGAUAGUUUGCACAGCAAAACAUCUGAGAAACUAGUCAUCCCUCCAUAUGAACAGUCAUUCCUCUUUUCUCCUAUGCAGAAGUACACCACGAACAUAGAUAAUUACAUGGCAGAAAAGUAUCUGGAUUCGAUGUAUCUCGAUAAAAUAUUUUUGAAAAAAUUGCAAAAAGAACCGGGAGCAGCUUGUCCUAACAGAAAAGGUUCGAUGAAAAUCCAACAGCUUGCCAAAAACGGAUUCAAAACCGUAUCAUACAAACAAGAACUUUUGAGGACGAGAAGACCCUUUUACUACAUCAAGUACCAGGAGGCUCGUCUUUCUGGUACCUUGGAAACUCGACAGGCCGAAGAGCUCACUCUGCAACAACAGAACCUGAGAAAAGAAGCCGAUGCUUUACUGGGACGUCUGAUUAAUGCCGCUGUCGCCAAGAAACUGAAAACUCUCAUCACCCUCACCGAAAAAAUGAAGCAUUACUGUGAUUCCAAACCCAAGAGGUUAUUGCCAGAAAAGGAAGAGUACAUAAGAAGCGCUUGCUCGCUGAUGAGGAGAGGAUUUUAUGAGACCAAUAGAUUGAAUCCGACCCAAUAUGGGUGGGAUCAAGAGAAGAGGAUCUACAUCAUGAUGGGACUGCCAAUCAGUCGAGAACCAUCCUCCGAUUCAAUUAUACAGGAACUGAAGAACGUAUUCGUGGAUUAUAAGAAACAAAUCGCAACUUUUGAAGAACGUCUUCAACACGUUGAAAGUAACGACGAACUCUGCUGGUGUUUCCACGAACUAGCUAGAUACCAUAGCGAAAUGAAAAAGUGGGAACUUGCUCGAGUUUAUAGCAGAAAAUGCAUUCAAGAAGGUUCCCAUAAAGACAAUUGGGAAUGGGUUGUCAAUGCAACAAUGCUGCUUGUGAAGAUAGAUAUCCAACAGCACAACAAGAACGAUGCGAAAAACGAAAUUAAUUGUGCUUUGGAUGUAGCCGCCCAACUAAAUGAUAGAAUUUUGAAGGAGUAUCUGGAGAAGUGCCUGACGGUGAUAGACAAGAUAGAAUUCGACGACAUUUACGGUCCCAAGGUGUUAGAACAACGAGAGAAGAGAAUCUUGGCGAUGAUGUCCAAUGGAAAGAUGAAGGACGAAUUCGCGCAUCUGUUCAGAAUGAUGGCUGCAAUGCCUGCGUCUAGAAGAAUGUCGGUGAUGCCCGGAAUAAGGGUCCAAGAGAUGGGCCCUAGUAGCAACAGAAAGCAAUCUUCCCGAAAACAGUCUAUCCUUCCGGCAGACCAUUCCUCCCGUGAUUCCACACCUGCCUUGCCUAAAAAGUCAAUGAAAGAUCAAGACAAAGACGCUAGAGGUGUAGGGUUCAUGGAACUUGUGCAGUAUCACGUGUAGCUUCCCUAUUUACGUUAAUAAAAUCUGAAGA